UUAUUAUUAAUAAUAUUCUUAUAGUUAAUUUAGAUGGAUAAAAGAAUUUGGACAUAUGCUAAAAUCUAUGCCAAAUUUAACUUCAAAUUUAACAUAUGCUAAAUUUAACAUAAAAUAUAGCAUUGCAAUAAAACUACACAUUUAUUUUUAAUGUUAAAUUUCAUUCCGACGUUGAUUUAGCUAGCAAUGAAGAUGAUCUGAUAACAAAAUUUAACUAGUUAUCCAACAUGUCUGUUGCCACAAAAGAAAUAUAAUUAAACUAAUCUGAAUUAUUGUAGUGACUUUUCUGUUGAUGUGUAAAUAAAAAUCAAAUUACUAAAAUAUAACAAAUAAAAUAGAAAUAAAAAAACCUAUAGUACCAUAGAAAAUGUUAAGGGAUUAUUUUCCAAAUACUUGUUUUGGGUAAAGUAUUUACACCAUUUUGUCCAUCUUUUCCUCUUAUCUUACAUUACCUAAUAAGCUAACUUAUUUACCAAAAAUACUCACUAUAUAAAGAAAUCUUAUCUCAUUUUAAAUUAAACUUUUACAUAGCCACUUUUUUUCUCUCUCUUUGCUCUCUUCUUCUCUCUUCUUUUCUUCUUCUUUUCUUCUUCUUUUUUAUUUGAUUUUCAGUUUGUCUCCUCCGAUUAUUUUUUCGUUCGUCUUUCCGGUCGCGCUUCCGUUUGUCUACUUCCGAUGGAUUUCUCGUCGUUUCUGGUCGUUUUUCCGUUCGUCUUUUCCGUUCGCGCUAGUCUGUUCGUCUUUUCCGUUCGCGCUAUGGAUUUCUCUACUCGUUUUUAGAUUUGUGUAAUUUUUUAGGUUUUUUUAAUGAUUUAAAUAUUUUAUAAAUAAAUUAUUGUAGAUCUAUAAUUUUUUGUUUAUAAAAUUGUUCUAUGAUUCAUAUAAUUAUUUAUUUUGUCUUCUCUUAUCCAUAGAUUUGUUUAUUGCUAUUGAUUUUGUAAAGAAAAUAUUGAUUUAUGGUGCAUUUGUAAUAAUUUUAUAAUAUCUUAUGUUUUAGUGUAUUUUUGGUGUAUUAACAGUGUAUUUCUGCCGUUUUUUAGUGGUGCAUUUACAGUGUUUAUGGUGUAUUUGCAGUGUUUCAUGGUUAAACCACAAAAAACACUACAGAAUGUCAUAAAUACACUACUUAUACACUAUAUAUACACUAAUUUUACACUAUAAACACCAUAAAAACACUAUAUAUACACUACUGUUACACUAUAAAAAAUAAAAUAAAAAAUUUCAGGAAAAAAAUAUAUAAAAAUAAAAAUUAACACUAUAUAUACACUAAUCUUACACUAUAUAAAAAAAACUGCCGGUCGGUUGGGUCGACCGAACCGAAAAACCGAAAACCGAAAUUGAAAACCGAAAGGUAUUUUUCGUAAAUGAAAAAAUCAGAAAACAAAAGUCAAAACUUGCAAUGUAAAGUUAUAAAUAAAAUAUCAAAACAUGUAUUUUAAAAAAUUACCACAAAUUUUAACCAUGCUAUUUUCUUAUAUACUUUCACUACAUAUAUUUAGUUGAUUUUAUAUAUUUAUUUUUUUUAUUAAUUAAUUAUGUUUUUUUUUGUUUUGCCUUUACUCUCUGCUGAGUACUUGCAAUCAUCUUUGUCCUCCACAAACUCUCUUCAGUCAUCUUCUACUCUCCUUUUCUUCUAAAACACUUUCUCUUCUCUAUAAAAGCAAACCCAUUAACCCCAACAACUAUUCAACCAUGGCUGACCCUUACUCCAACUUCUUUUCUGGUUUUUUCAACUUCAAUAACAACCCUCAAAACCACUACCCUUCUUCCCCAUCUCCAUCUCCAACUCCACAAUAUUUUCACAAUUCUCAUAGUAACUAUGAUCAUAAUUACCAGAAUCAACCUUAUAAUUUCCUUUAUCAAAUUAAUAACAGACCUCCUUCUCCUCCUUUAAGAGAAGCCCUACCCCUUCUAAGACUAAGUCCAACAAGAAAUGAAAAUAAUCAACAAGGUUGCACUAUGGAUUUGGACAAGAUGACCAAAUCUGAAGAUCAUCAUCAUGAGAUCAUGAGCUUGUUUUGUACAAAUUCUAAUGAUAAUAAUCAUAAUAAUGAUGAUGAUGAUGAUGUUGAAGAUGAUGGCGAUGAUGAAACUGUUACUGUUGCACUUCAUAUAGGGUUACCAAGCCCUAGUGCUGCAGAAAUGGCAUCUGUGUUAUCUUCUAAUUCAUCAGAGUUGGCAAUUACUGAAAAAGAUGGUGAUGAUGAUCAUGAAGACUCUUCUACAACUGGGUAUCCUGUAAUUAAUAGGAUUAACAAAGGUCAAUACUGGAUCCCUACUCCUUCCCAGAUUCUAAUUGGUCCUACUCAGUUUUCAUGUCCUGUUUGCUGCAAAUCCUUCAAUAGAUACAAUAACAUGCAGAUGCAUAUGUGGGGGCAUGGAUCACAAUACAGAAAAGGGCCAGAAUCAUUAAGAGGAACACAACCAACAGGAAUGCUAAGAUUACCAUGCUACUGCUGUGCAAUUGGGUGCAGAAACAAUAUUGAUCAUCCUCGAGCUAAACCACUUAAAGAUUUCAGAACUCUUCAGACACACUACAAAAGAAAACAUGGAAUCAAACCAUUCAUGUGUAGAAAAUGUGGUAAAGCUUUUGCUGUAAGAGGAGACUGGAGAACCCAUGAAAAGAAUUGUGGAAAGCUUUGGUAUUGUACUUGUGGAUCUGAUUUUAAGCAUAAGAGAUCACUUAAAGAUCAUAUUAAAGCUUUUGGUCAUGGCCAUGCAGCUUAUGGUAUUCAUGGAUUUGAAGAAGAAGAUGAACCUGCUUCUGAAGUUGAACAAGAUAAUGAGUUCUUGCACUGAAUUAAUUAGUUAAUUAUAAUGGACUUAAUUUUUGUUUAUAAUGGUUUUGAAGUAAGAACUGUGUAAGCAUCAAUUUUACUUGAAAAAGCCACUUUUAAAUUCUC